AUGGCGCCCCGCGUUAGAGGUCGUGCUCGUGGUAAGGCCCCGCUAGUACUAGCUCCUCCUUCUCGUUCGCCCUCUCUAUCUAAUAUUGAGAGUGCGAUCUCUAUUUCGGACGACGAUGAUAAUAAUAAUGAUAAGGAGGACGAAACCUCUAGUGUACCUCAAUUCUCGCUAGUAGAACGCUCGGUGAUUACUAGCUCUAAGACGCCUACUCUUAGCACUCCUAGCACUCCCACUCCUAGUAGGCCCACUUCUCUCGCUAGUCUCCGUUAUGCCCUUACCGGUAGGGUUAGGAAGAAGAACCGCCCCCUUCGCCCUAUCGCCUAUCUCUAA